AUGCCAUGGAAUGUGGCUACGCCAGGUACGUUGCCGGGCCUUGCGGUGGGAGUCAGCAGAGCUCACAUACAAGGCAACGUCUCAGAAUUGCUGACUGUAGUAAGGAUAUACAGGAUUAUUUGAGGUUCUUGAAAGUUGGAGACCCAUCAAUCACUUCUGAGGCCAGCUAUUACUCACACGUGCAGGUAUGUUUAGAUUAUACCCUAUCAUGUGUUGGCUAUCAACAGAAUUACAGAAUAUACUGGACUGUAUUUUCAUAUACAAUGCUUGUCAAUUGAAUUGUGACCCUGGCUGAGAUAGAGAGCAACCACAAUGCAUAUGUCACAUGUCCUUGUAUACAUGUAGGUCUCUUUGGUCCUGAAGAAAAUCAUGGCAACAUUACUAUUUGUCCUUGGCAUCCUGAUAGCCAUGGAAUUCGCUGGCAGUGCAACUGCAGAAAUUGUGUCUGUCCCGCAAGCUGGGCAGUACACGGGAGUGCUAAAGCAGAACGGCCAAUAACGAAGGAACAAUCAGAGAAGCUACAGAACCUUACUUAUGUGCUUGUUCCAGUAGGAUCCGGUAAGCAAGGACAUGCAAUCGGAAUCGAAAAAAAUGUCAUGAGUUUUUUCUAGUUAACAUUUUUCUUCGUUUUGCUAAGGUAUUUGUACAAGAUGUCGCAAAUGCCUGAGAGCAAAAGAGCAGUCCAUGGGAGUCAAAACACCUGUCGUGUGUGAAGGUGAUGUCCAAGAGAGUCAAGAUUGCCCAAGAGAGUCAAGAUUGCCCGUUAAUGUCAGAAUGCGAAGACAUCCAAGAGCAACAGGUACAAUAUACGAAUAUUACCUACUAAACGCCACUAGAUGCACCAAACACUUUGUGGAACGACACAACAUGGAAUAGGCAAAGUGGUAUUCAUGCACUAGUCAAUGUGCUAAUCAAUAAUAUUAGUCCUUUUUCUUCAAUACAAGAAUGUCCACAGGAUGUAUUAGAUUUGUGCGAUUCAUUUCUCAACUUAUCCAUUGAGGAAAGAGAUCACAGUGCUAGUAUGUUUGUUCCAGAAGAGCUGAUAAGCUGCAGUACAACAUCAAGUGAUGAAACAGUAGAAGAAACCCUGACAUAUAGAAGAACACACUUAAACUGUUUUCUAGAAAACUGUGGUGUGACAUCAUGGAUUGGUCCAUGCAAAAAAAACGUGGUCGGAGACCAGCGCGCGAACGAGGAGGAACCAUGUCGGGAAGGCGUGGGAUGCAAUAGUGGCAAUGUAAGAUGUGGUGACACCAGGUGA